AUGAUGGCUAAGAAACCCCCGAAACCAGCCCCUCGCAGGAUCUUCCAGGAAAGGUUAAAGAUUACUGCUCUGCCCUUGUACUUCGAAGGUUUUUUAUUAGUCAAGCGGUCAGGAUAUCAGGAAUAUAAACAGUAUUGGACAGAGUUGAGAGGAACUACACUUUUCUUUUAUACUGACAAAAAAAGUACAAUAUAUUUGGACAAAUUAGACUUAAUAGACCUCACACACCUCACUGAUCACAGUUCAACUGAAAAGAAUUGUGCAAAACUCACCCUUGUUUUGCCAAAAGAGGAAGUGCAACUGAAGACAGAGAACACAGAAAGUGGGGAGGUAUGGAGAGGCUUCAUUCUUACCAUAACAGAGCUGUCAGUUCCCCAGCAUAUGUCACUCCUACCUGGGCAAGUAAUUAGGCUGCAUGAAGUGCUUGAGAGAGAAAAGAAAAGGAGGACUGAGGCAGAACAACAACUACUGAGCACGUCUGUGGAUAAAGAGAAGGAACCAGCUGAGGAUGAUGUGCUGGACCUGAUGCCAGUAUGUUUUUAUGCAGUGUCCAGGAAAGAAGCAACUGAGAUGCUUGAGAAGAACCCUUCUCUGGGAAAUAUGAUUCUGAGGCCUGGCAGUGACCAUAGAAACUACUCCAUCACUAUCAGGCAGGAGAUAGACAAACCAAGAAUCAAGCACUACAAAGUGACAAGCAUAGGGAAAAACUACACUAUUGAACUGGAGAAACCUGUGACACUUCCAAACCUUUUCAGCAUCAUUGAUUAUUUUGUGAAAGAGACUGGAGGAAAUUUAAGACCAUUUAUAUAUCCAACUGAUGAAAAUCUUGGCCAAGAAACCAACAUGGAAGGGACAAGUGUGAAGCUGAAGAAAAAUCCACACAUCGCAUGA